AUGCAGAAAUGCAUCAUGAAAAAUGGUGGCAUUCUUGUGAAGUUUUGCACGACUCAUAUAUGCGACGAACUGAGUGCAGCUGACCUGCCACUAACUAAAUCUGACAAGGCUAUAAUCAUGCAGUAUCUGAAGAAGGAAAUCCCCAUGUAUGCUAUUUGGAAACAAAUACGGGAAAAGUACUCAGACCCUACUGUCAGGCUUCAUUGGAUUUCUCCCGGUGAUAUUCGAACGGUCAUGGCGACCUAUAGCUCACAAAGGCACAAGAUCGAGGAACCGGGCGUUUCAUCCCUCAAAUCCAGCUCUACUUCUGUGCAACGAGUGAAAACCGAGCCAGAUUUCGAUGUCUCACCGAUUUUCGCUGCAUCUUUACUGGAAGAGUCAUCGAUGUCUGUUGACUGUGGAGUUGAAGAUGAUAAUGGAGGUGGUGUUAGCGAACGUAAGAACGGACUCCUAUCAGUGGAGACUCCCACAAACUCCGAGACACAGCCUAGCUGUUCAUCUUGCGUGAAAUUGAGUGAGACGGUGGCUCGCCUUGAAUCUACUGCGGAGAGGCUCACUAAAAGAAUAAUGGAGUUGGAAGAAUGGAUGCUGCACAAGAAAAGCAUCAAGGAGGAAACGGAGUGA